AUGGAGCACGCCUACAGUCCCGCACCCCCAUCGCCCCGACUGCCUCCACCGCCGCCUUCACCGCACCUUGCCCACCUCCAGGCACCGCAGAUAUCUCCCAGGCGCUUCGCUGUGCAACCUCCCCUCCUCAACACCACCCUCGCGCCACCCCAUCAGCCAGGCCAUUCGUACCUGCAUGGCUCGCUACCUACACCGGCGACUGCCUCGUCUCUGAGCCUGCCAUUCUCGCCUUCUCCCACGCCUUCGACGUAUGCGCCUUCUCCCAUCGCGCCUGCUUCUCCCAUGGCUAUGAGGGGUUCGGGUCCAGCCGUGCCAUAUAAUCCCCAGCAAUGGACGCGGGGUGGGAAUGUCAGUGGGCAGCAUGUUCAGCAUAGCCAGACGUCGGUCCCUACGAGGCUUCAGGAUGUGACGGGCAUGGAAGCGUCGAUGCCCUCACCACCACCUCCAUACUCGCCUGGUCAGAACCCGAAUAUGUCGCAAUCCCUCAGCACCAGCAACACCUCAUCACCUCAAUUGUCUGCCAAUACGUUCCCUCAUCCCCCACCACCCCCACCGCCGAGUAGCAAUCCCUCGUCUGCGCGACCCAUCUCUGGAUACCACAGUCGACCUGGGUCCAUGGUCAUACCUUCGAGCGCAACGAGCAUAACAUCGAACCCCCAGUUCCCACCACCACCACCCAGGAAUGGACCAGGUCGGUCAACAUCGCGCGACAAGCUGGCUUCCAAGUUUAGUCUGUCGUCAUUCAGAAAUCGAAACAAUGAUCAUAGCCCCGCCCCGAGCAACAUCGACUCACUUCACAUCAGUACCUCUGAUGCGAUUCAGCGAGCACCAGCUUCUCCUGGACUAGUCGCACAGAGAGCUACUUCCAAUUAUAUUGCAAACACGUUAGAUCGGCGGUACAGUCCCGACACACAAUCACCCAGCAGACCACCCACCUCCCGGAGAGCGGCCUCUGCUGGCGUACCGGGCUAUGAGACUCGGACGCCUAUUGACGAAUCGCCUAUAGUUCCAGCAGGGGGCUGGAGUCGAAAUGUGCCAUUACCUCCGCCUCCACCGGGCCCUCCACCUAGCAGCUCAAGAUCGCAAAGUAUGGGACCUGGGACAGAACCGCCAUCGAAUCGAGUGCCUAUCUUGCCUUCUGCGCCUCCAACAAGGAGACCGGGUCAAACAACACUGACACCCAUACCACCUACACCCCAGGGCUGGCAGGAUGAGCCUACGAUUGUGCGAUCAAGAUCUCCCGCAGCCCAUGGCCUACACAUCGAUACAAGUCCUCGCGCUGUUCAUCUAUCUGACCAACCUGCGCCAGCAUCAGAGAGUGGAAGUGUUUCGAUCUCGUCGGGGCCGACGACCACCACUUCGGGUUCCAGCAGCACCCUUUAUCGCACCCCAAAUAAACGCGAAACUAGUACCCGAGGCAUCCGUGAGCGGCGGAGUGAGAGUCGUGCUGCGCGAGAGCUACGUAUCGAACCGAGCAAUAAUCCAUGGGCGCAAGAUUUGGAAGCAGAAUCGGCAAAACCUGCCAAUCUCGACUUGGGGACGCCUGAAGGUGGCUUGACACGGCGUGGUGCUAUCACCAAAGGCACACCAAGAAGUGCUGGGGCUCUACGUUCACCAAGAAGCGGCCAUCUCUUUGAAGAUCCUGGUUCGUCGAAUUCUACGCCUCGGAUGGACGUAAAUCCAAAGGCUGUAUCUAUGGCUGUCGCAACACCACCUUUCUCGCCAGGUAUGGAACAUCUCAGUCGUUCAGCACAGAAAGCACCCGUCUCUAUUCCCUCCAAAGCGCUGCCUACUCCGCCGUUACGUAUCUAUGGUGACGAGAGGGAAGCAGAUCUGACCUAUCGUGCAGAAGCUGCAAUCGAAUCGGCGAUCCAGACCCCUAACACCGCAAACACUGGCGCAACAAACUCAACUUUAAGCACACCAAAGCCAGCAGACACGCAUGCUUUCGCCCGCGCUUCCAUGGAGCGGCAUCGACAAUUCAUCGAAAAGGAGAUGGCGGCUGAAACGGACCAAGAUAGACUGGAGUUAUUUGCCGAGUUCAUCGUCACGGAGUCACGACUUCGUCGUGAUAGGUACUCCGGGGCUUUCGAUGCAAUGGCUGGAGACAUUAUGGAUUUGACAAGAGAUCUAUGGCGUUCGUAUGGCAAUUCUGGGCGCAGGUCAGCUACACCGAACACCCAGGCUACUCCUGUAGGACAGGGCAACAGAAGAUCUCAGGGCUCCGUAACCGGUGAAUCUCCUGAUACACGCUUCUCCUCGAUGCCGACGACGGCUGCCAGUCCUGCAUCUUCCAUUGGCAACUUUACUCCGCAUACUGAACCGGCAUCUCCCUCCAGCGCAUCUAGUCAGAAGGCUCGAGAUGCUUCUUGGGCUAAUAAUUACCAUCCUUCGCUCUCACCUAUUCCGAGUAUGGCUAUGAGUACCAUUCCUGAUGAGCAGGAUUCCAGAGGUCGGUCAGCGAGUCGCUGGUGGGAAAGUGACGGCGGUUCCUCCGGAGUCGGUGGUGGUAGAAGAUUGGAGCGGAGUAAGCGGGAAUCCAAGUACAUGAGUUUGCCAAAGGAAGCCCGUGAGAACUUGCAGUGGGCAGGGGAGAGCCUCUCCACUCCAAACCAACGAGGCGAAUCCAGCAGUCGGCCAGCGUACGGACCUAACGAAUACCCGCCCGAAAAGGUUGGCUUGCACGAGGAAAGUCUACAGCCACCACAGCAGCAGCCUUACGGUUACUAUUCUAGGUCUGCUACGGCCACGCCGGACCCGCAUAAGCUGGAUGUAUCGCGACUUGUCACACUUCCUCCGUCCUACCCACGCCAUCACCCCGCAGUCAAUAACAGCCAUCCUGAUUUGGCAACUAUCCGGAGUAGUCUGCGAACUCUAUCGGAGUUCGACGAAGUGAAGAAUACAAAGGCCAAGUUCAAGACAAAGAUUGAGGCACGAAAAGAGCAAGAAAACGCAUCGCUGUCCGACAGAAGAGCACAACUUCGGUACAACAUCCAAGACAAUGUUCGCAAUGGAGUCAUGUCAUUUGCAGAAGCGGCCAAGGCGGAAGCAGAUUUCGAGGCUCGCGAGCAUCAAAGAGCUCAGGACGUAGUCCAGUGGGUAUUCGACAGCUUCCAGGCUGAAGUUGCUAACCCACUACACGCCAUAUUCUGCGAACGCAUCACCAAGGCCACCGCAUCGAUGGAGCAUCUUAAAGGGCGUUUGUGCAAUGAGGCGCAGGAGCCCAACCCCAACCAGACGCAAGAAGAGGGCGAUGAGAAACCGGAACUGCUAGAGAUGCUUACCCUGCACAAAUGGUUGUUCGAAGCGCGGGAGCAGCUGCACAAGGAGAUGUUCGAACUGGAAGACGAGCGCAACGACCUCUACAGAGAUAUCAUCGUCUUACCGUAUGUCCAAACCAAGAACGAGCAGAAGGUCAAGGAAGCUACGACCUUCUUCCAACGUGAUGGACAAGACCGCAAAGUGACCUUCGAGAAAGAAACACUCAAACGUUACGAAGAUCUUAUGAACGUCAUCGAGCAGAACGUAACUCGAGGUGUCGAAGCCCAGCUGUCAGCUUUCUGGGACAUCGCGCCUGGACUACUGGAAAUCGUGCAGCAAGUCCCUCAGGACUUGCAUGGUUUCGAAGUCCUGGUCCCACCGCAAGAGUAUGCGGAGACACCAGCCUACCACGACUACCCGCUACAGUAUCUUUAUACUUUAUUGGCGCAUGCUGGUCGUUCAGCAUACCAAUUCAUUGAAUCCCAGAUCAACUUGCUGUGCCUACUGCACGAAGUCAAGACUGGAGUUAUGACGGCAGGCUCACGACUUCUGGAGACCCAAAGGUUGUUGGAAGGCGAAGAUUUGACGGGUGUCAACCAAGAAAUGAAGGCUAUCAGAGCAGAUGAGGAACGGCGACUGACCGACGACCUCAAGGAGAAGGUUGGUCUUGUCGAAAGCCAAUGGAACGAGGCACUUGGGCAGGGUCUGGAAGACUGCAAAGCGCGUGUAGAAGACCAUCUCACCGAACAAGGCGGGUGGGAUGACACUCUCAAAGAGUAG